UUUUGCAUUUCUUUGCAGGAUCCACACGAGAUAUUCCAGGUGCAACAGGCUGAGAUGACGCAGACUGCAUCAGUUGGAGAGACAAUCACCUUGAGUUGCAGUGUACCAGACUCCUUCCCAAAAGGACCCGUCUUAUGGUUCAAGGGCAAUGGGCCAAACCGGGAAUUAAUCUACAAUUUCAAAGAAGGUUUCUUCCCCAGAGUAAAAGAAAUUGGACACACCACCAAACCUGGCAACACAGACUUUUCCAUCCGCAUCAGUGAAAUCUCUCUUGCAGAUGCCGGCACCUACUACUGCGUGAAGUUCAAGGAGGGGAAACCUAACAUGGAGUUCCAGUCAGGUCCAGGCACCGAGGUGUUUGUGACUAGGACAAGCAAUCAGUUUGCCCCAGGUGCUCCAGACAGACGUCUUAUGACCAUGAGGGGAACGAGGUUGAGGAAAAAUCUGCUCCAGAGAAGCGCAAAGAUGUAAAGAAUGUGGGCUGACAACAUUGCACGGUCAUAUUGUUUCUGGUUCCAACCCCACUUCUGGACCUCCAACAAGGGGAGAGAAAACAUCUCCUUGUUAAGCCAGUUUGCUUAAAGUCAGCACUGUCCUAAGGGAUGCCAGGCGAUAAAGUUCCCACAUCCACAGAGCACUGAAGUACGAUUUCAAACCAUUUUUUUCUGUUCCUAAAGCCUUACUUAUUUUAUUUUUCUGUUUUGUUAUAGCCCCUGAACGCUGAGCAAUACCCAGCUUGAGAAAUGAUUAAAUUGGUGAUACUACAAUACUACUAUUUGUUGGGC